AGUAGUAGAAAGCUUCCCCCAUCCUUACCGACGCACGCGAUCGGGCCCUCGCUCACUUCCACACCAGAAAAGCAGAUUGAAUACCUUUCGUUGAAGGGUUUUUUUGUUUUUUCGAUCAAACCUUUCCUAGAAGUUCAGAAAACCUUGAAGUUUAGAAAACAAAAGAAAAGAUAAGAAAGACGCCCUUCGCUGUAACUCUUGCGCAUCAUCAAUGGCGGAGGUCUCCUACCUUCACCUCCCCGACGACGACCAAGACGACGUCGUCGUGCCCCUAGACUCCUUCCCCUUCGACCCAGAUCGCGACUUUUCGCCGUCCGAUCUCUCCUUCUCACUGGGCCGCCCCCGAAUCACCUCCCCCGCACGUGUUGUCUCCAAUCUUUCGGACCCGGAUUCCAUCUCCGCCGUCGACCUCCUCGACUCCGAAAACCUCAUCAUCGACUUGCUCCGUCAAGGCGUCGAGCAAUUGUCGAUCGGGGGGGACUCGGGUUUCCCGUAUCCGGACCCGAGUCUCGGGUUCAUCGAAGCGGACGACGAUACGGGUCCUACCCAUGUCGGCAUAGUUGAUCUGGGUUCAGGGUUAGGGUUUGAUGAUGGUGGGUUAGAAGAUUAUGCUUGUGACGAGGAUCCAAGUCUUGCCCUUUGUUGGGACACGUUGCAGUUGCAGGAGAUUAGUCCCGGAAGGUUCGAUUUCGAGUGGGAAGAGGUGGAUGACGAGAGAGAAGCGUUGAGCAUGUUUUUCGACGAGGACGUGGACGAGGAUCUGGAUGCGUCGGUUCCGACCCUAGUCCCGUCUCGAGAUGAUGUGGGCGCAGCAGAGAGGCGGAAUUCAGAGUGGGAAGUCUUGUUGAAUGCUCGUAAUUUUGAUACAAACGUGGAUGGAGAACAUGAUGGUGGUGAGUAUUACUACACAGCGGAGUACGAAACAUUGUUUGCUCAGUUCACGGAGGCGGAGCAUGUUUUGGUGGGAAGGCUGCCCGCUUCGAAAGCCAUCGUUUAUGAUCUUCCAUUGGUGGUGGUUGACGAUGGUAAUGCACUUUGUGCAAUUUGUAAGGAUGAGAUAGAGUUUGGGGGACAAGCGAAGCAGCUGCCUUGUUCACACCAUUACCAUGGGGAUUGCAUUAUGCCCUGGUUGGGGAUUCGAAACACUUGCCCGGUUUGUCGUUAUGAAUUGCCAACGGAUGAUCCUGCGUAUGAGCGGAGGAGGACCCAAAGAGAGAGCUAGUCGUGUCCAGUGAAGCAUUCUGAUAUCAGGUUUCAUUUUGAUUAGGUUGUUUUCCUUGUAGGUAGUAGAUUCUGAUAUUUGGAUACGCUCGUUUCCCCAUUUGAUUUGAGGAUGCCGAUGGCGUUAAAGAUUUUGAACGUUAUAAUUUUGAGAUUUUAAGAAUUUGUGUUGCUA